UACUUUGGAAGCCGAUCGAGGCGAGAUUUCGGAGACGAGUUCUGGGGUUUACAAGACAGACUUCAGCUUUUCCAAAAUCACUUUUGAAGUGCUCUUUAAAGGAUUAUAGCAUUCAAUUCUCCAUCAGUCGGGCGGCAUCAUGGUGGAGCAAGAGGGAUUAUUGUCAGGCGGACAGACUCCGGAAAACCGUUAUUCAACGACAGUUAUGACCUCCCGGUUACGUGCAUUGGGUGGAAGAAUUAAUAACAUACGCACCUCAGAAUUACCCAAAGAGAAAACUCGAUCUGAAGUCAUCUGCAGCAUCCGCUUUUUAGAUGGCUUGGUACAGACUUUUAAAGCCAAUAAACAAGAUACCGGUCAAGUUCUUCUGGAUAUGGCAUACAACCACUUGGGUGUGACCGAAAAGGAAUAUUUUGGUUUGCAGCAUGGCGAUGAUUCAGUAGACUCUCUUAGAUGGCUGGAAUCAAGCAAGCCCAUCAGGAAGCAGUUAAAAGGAGGUUUCCCCUGUACUCUGCAUUUUCGAGUAAGAUUUUUUAUACCUGAUCCCAACACACUGCAGCAAGAACAAACCAGGCAUUUGUAUUUCUUACAACUGAAGAUGGAUAUUUGUGAAGGAAGGUUAACCUGCCCUCUUAACUCAGCGGUGGUUCUAGCAUCCUAUGCAGUGCAAUCGCAUUUUGGAGACUAUGAUUCUUCCAUUCAUCAUCCAGGCUAUCUUUCUGAUAGUCAGUUUAUACCAGAUCAGAACGAUGACUUUUUAACGAAGGUGGAAUCGCUCCACGAACAGCACAGUGGACUAAAGCAGUCAGAAGCUGAAUCUUGCUUUAUCAACAUAGCACGGACCCUCGACUUCUAUGGAGUGGAGCUACACAGCGGUAGGGAUCUGCACAAUUUAGAUCUAAUGAUUGGGAUUGCUUCUGCGGGCAUCGCCGUGUACCGAAAAUACAUUUGCACAAGUUUCUAUCCUUGGGUGAACAUUCUAAAGAUUUCUUUCAAAAGGAAAAAGUUCUUCAUACAUCAACGACAAAAACAGACUGAAUCCAGGGAACAUAUUGUGGCCUUCAACAUGUUAAAUUACCGAUCUUGCAAAAACUUGUGGAAAUCCUGUGUGGAACACCAUACAUUCUUUCAGGCUAAGAAGCUACUACCUCAGGAAAAGAAUGUUCUGUCUCAGUACUGGACUAUGGGCUCUAGGAACCCCAAAAAGUCUGUAAAUAACCAGUAUUGCAAAAAGGUGAUUGGAGGGAUGGUGUGGAACCCAGCCAUGCGGAGAUCGUUAUCAGUGGAGCACUUAGAAACCAAGAGCCUGCCUUCUCGGUCCCCUCCUAUCACUCCUAACUGGCGAAGUCCUCGGCUCCGGCACGAAAUCCGGAAGCCACGGCACUCUUCUGCAGAUAACCUUGCGAACGAGAUGACGUACAUUACCGAAACUGAAGAUGUGUUUUACACGUACAAGGCCUCCCUGUCCCCGAAAGACAGCGAUUCCGAGGUUUCUCAGAACCGGAGCCCUCACCGAGAGAGUCUAUCCGAGAACAAUCCAGCACAAAGCUGCCUGACCCAGAAGUCAUCCAGUUCUGUAUCUCCAUCUUCAAAUGCUCCGGGCUCCUGCUCAACAGAUGGCGUCGAUCAGCAGUUCAUAGAGGCCUUCCACAGGGUGACCAAAGGGGGCUCCACCGAGGACUCCAGCCAGUACUACUGUGACAAGAAUGAUAAUGGUGAUGGCUACUUAGUUUUGAUCCGCAUCACGCCAGACGAAGAUGGAAAAUUUGGAUUUAAUCUUAAGGGAGGAGUGGAUCAAAAGAUGCCUCUUGUGGUUUCAAGGAUAAACCCAGAGUCACCUGCGGACACCUGCAUUCCUAAGCUGAACGAAGGGGAUCAAAUUGUGUUAAUCAAUGGCCGGGACAUCUCAGAACACACCCAUGACCAAGUGGUGAUGUUCAUCAAAGCCAGCCGGGAGUCCCACACACGGGAGCUGGCCCUGGUGAUCAGGAGGAAAGCCGUCCACUCAUUCACUGACAUCAGAUCUGAAGAUGAACUGAACCAGCUGUUCCCAGAGGCCAUUUUCCCCACUUGUCCAGAGGGUGGGGACACCUUGGAGGGAUCCAUGGAACAGCUAAAGAAGGGCCUUGAAAGCGGGACAGUGCUGAUCCAGUUUGAGCAACUCUACAGAAAGAAGCCCGGUCUGGCCAUCACGUUUGCAAAGCUGCCUCAAAAUUUGGACAAAAACCGAUAUAAAGAUGUGCUGCCUUAUGACACCACCCGGGUAUUAUUGCAGGGAAAUGAAGAUUAUAUUAACGCGAGUUAUGUGAACAUGGAAAUUCCUGCUGCUAACCUUGUGAACAAGUACAUCGCCGCUCAGGGGCCCCUGCCACAUACCUGUGCACAAUUUUGGCAAGUCGUCUGGGAUCAGAAGUUAUCACUCAUUGUCAUGUUGACGACUCUCACAGAGCGAGGGCGGACCAAAUGUCACCAGUACUGGCCUGAUCCUCCCGACGUCAUGGAACACGGCAACUUUCACAUCCGAUGUCAGUCAGAGGACUGCACCAUCGCUUAUGUGUUCCGAGAAAUGCUGGUCACCAACACCGAGACCGGGGAAGAGCACACUGUGACACAUCUCCAGUAUGUCGCGUGGCCUGACCACGGCGUUCCUGAUGACUCCUCGGACUUUCUGGAAUUUGUAAACUACGUGAGGUCCCUGAGAGUGGAUGGUGAACCGGUGUUAGUUCACUGCAGUGCUGGCAUAGGUCGUACUGGUGUGUUGGUCACCAUGGAAACAGCCAUGUGCCUAACUGAGAGAAACCUGCCCAUUUACCCACUGGACAUCGUCCGGAAAAUGCGAGACCAGCGUGCCAUGAUGGUGCAGACAUCAAGCCAGUACAAGUUUGUAUGUGAAGCGAUUCUUCGUGUUUAUGAAGAAGGCUUAGUCCAAAUGCUGGAUCCCAGUUAAGACAACUGUGAAAUGUUCAUUCCUCUUUCCCAGGGGCAUCCUCCUUAAGGACAGACCUUCUCUUUGGAAGCAGCAAGAGGAAUUUGUAGGCUGUGGGGAAGGAAUGAGCACAUUUGAACCCAGGCACUUUAAAGUUCUAUAGAAGAGGUAUCGUGUACAUAGGAACUGUGUAGAUACGCAUGCGGUUGCAGCGUCAGUUAGGCCCGUUAUUCCUCAGAGAGAAGUAAGCAAAUGCAGAUCUCAGUUUGGGGCCUGUCCUAUUGCCUUCCUCCCUAGACAUCACUGUGUUCCUGUAAACCAUCCUUGGGCAAUUGAGAGGGGACGCCAGCAAUGCUCUUGACCGCCCAGAAACAAGAUGGUGUGGCUAUUUAGAGUUGCUUGGAUGUUUUGUGUGUAUAUGUUUAUCGGACUCUAAGGGCUGAGCUUUCUGUCCUUCUAGAUGGAGCUGGAACCAUUAGCAUUCCCCUGCCCCCUGCUAAGGAAACCCUGAUGAAUGUACUAAAUGGCAGGGUGGUGGGAUUUCAGGCUGAAGGAGCGGGCAGUACCUUUUCUGGUCUCCCUUCCUCUGUCCCAUCUCCCUGCCACGUCCCAUAUUCAUGUUUCUGAGAAUCCCGUCUAAGAUGCCCCGCUUCCUCCCUGCAUUACUGACCCUAGUCAGGUGCUCACGCGGUGCCUGGACCAGAUUAGUCAUGCAGCCUCGGGUGAGUUUUCAGUGGAGACUCUGAGUAUGAGGACUCCCGCUGCAUCCUGUCGUCCGUGCGUUAGUUCUAGGAGGAAGUGCUCUUCGCCUCUGCUUGCCUCUUGCUGUACAUGCAGAACCCGAGACUGGAAUUAUCGACUACUGAAUCUACUACAUGGAUUGCUGCUACUUCAAGCUAUGUUACACUUGAAACAUUACGAUUUUCCUGAGGGGAGAUGGGAUAUCAUCUAAAUGUUCAGAAUCGUUGGCCCUGCUGAGGAAAGAUCUAGUCAUGGAACCAUGGGAAACCCAGCUUCUAGAGGGUUGUCCGUGGAUGUGUGUGGAUGUGUGUGUGUGCGCGCCCAUGGUAAGUGUUUCUCAGGACUCCUAACUUGAUUCAAAUUACAGUUGAGUUUAUAUAAAGAAUGAGUCUCUGUAUAGAAGAACAAAUGUGUGCAUUCACCCUCAGUUACAAUGGUCUCCAUUUCAUUUCAAAGGAGAGGAUCAGGCUAUCUGAAUAUAAACACAAUUUGAUGUUAAUUUAUUCUAAGUACACCCUGAUUUUGAUUGUCCUAAAGAAUUCUGCCUUUGUUCAUACUGUGUUAAAUUUUUAAAAAAUUUGUGACAGGACUGUAGCAAAUUAUUAUUUAAGGAAAAUAAAUUACGUAAAAAUUUUAAUGUGGUAUUUUUAAAUAGCGGUUUUUAUGUACCCUGAAGGACAAGGAAGCUAAGCCAGUUUCUUAAUGGGAUUUACAGAAAAAGGAUGCUUUCAUAUCAUAGUGCACAGAAGUGAAGCCAUUUUGAUGUUUAACAAACUCUGGACCAAUUGAGUAGUUUCCUGGAUGCAAGAGGGAUAAAGACCCAUAUGAUGGGAGCCGGGUUUCUAAAGGUUCUUUAUCUCCAGACUUAGCAUAUUUAAUUGCAUACUUCCCUCUUUCCCCCACCAAUAUUUUACUGCCAAACGGCAGGGGUGGGAGGGAGGCGUCACACGGUGCCAUCGCCCGCUACUGUGAAACAGGAGACCACCUAAGCCCGAUCCUUGUCAGAUUCAUGCUAAGCCAGCAGAAUGAGUCAGGAGAGGUUGGAAUUAUGCAGUUGGAGAUUUGGUUCCCGGUCCCACUCAUCAACAACUAGCUCUUGGCCUGGUCACUUAAGAGUGCUACCUCUCUUUCCUCUAUUUCCUGUAAUUACAGCAUCCUGUAAAAUAGGAGAAAUAAUGCUGAGGCUACGGGUUGAAUACGAGGAUUGAAUAAAACGCUAUCAGCGUGAGUUUUCAUCAGCUGGAAUCUCUCUGACACUGCUGCAGAUGCAUUACUUGGAAGAGUUAACUUACCAGUGAUUAGCCCCAAAACCCAUGAAAUGGAAGUAGAAUUGUAUGGAUUUUUCUAAGAGAACGUUUCUUGGGCUGAGAACAAAAGCACAAAGGAAUAUCCUCAUACCAGUGCCUUCUUUCAAUCUGGACUCAGAAAAAAUUCUACCAGUUAAGUCCCAAAAAAGAGGGGAAGGUGGAAAGCUGAGCUAAAUUUAAAUGCCAUCAGGAUGUUUAGCAAAUCAUUGCCAUUUGAUACAAAUGCAUCAUCCCCCUGUGUGCAAGAAGCUUGAGGAGUCUAAAUGUGUUUGGAGAGUUGUGUUUUACUUCUUUUAAGCAAAUUAUUUAAUAUAGUUGCAGGAAGGCUGUCAUUACUGUACAUAAAUUUCAAAAAAGUUUACCAGAGGUUGCAACUAGCCUUUUUCUGCCACCGUGCAGGCCAGAAGUUCAGACCCAGCAGAUGUUACUCAGAACAGAAUUUAUGAAAUACUGGAGAAGAACAGGACAAGAGAAUUAUCUAAAGGGGCAAAAUAUACAAGUAAAAAUUACUACAGAUACAACCAAUUAAAUUCUGUACCUCAGCAUUCCUGCUGCAAUACUUUACACAUUUAAACAAUUACACUGAAGCCUUUUUUGGUCCUAAGUGGGAAGCAUCAAAAUCAUGGGAAAUAUUUUGCCUAGGAAAUUUGGCUGGAUGUGAACAGAGAGGACAUUUUACAUUUGUGUUUUGUUCUCUGGAAGAUCUGAUCAGAUCCACUCAUGUGCUGACUUAGGAUGGGACAUCCCUCCUGUGUCACUCUAUAGCACCUACACUUGGUGUUUUGACUUCCGGCAAGGGGGGUGGGGUGGGGGGGGGGGAGAUUGAACUCGAUUUGGCUAGGGGAGGUCAAGUUGGGGGGUGUUAUAUCACCAACAUGUGCUGGUCCAUAAUUCCUACCACAGUAAUUUAUAUUUAAAAAUGUUUUUGAUUAAGUUUUUUAUUUUAAUUCCAGAUAGUUAACACUAAAAAUGCUUUUAUUUAGAUUAGUGUAGAUGCUGUUUCUUUUAUGUUGCUACCUGAUAUUUUUGUUGUUGUUGUUCCUCAGAAAUUACCAUUUGAGUGCGAGAGAAAGAAAGAAAGAAAGGAGAAAAAGAAAGAAAGAAAAAAAGGAAAGAAAGAAAGAAAGAAAGAAAGAAAGAAAGAAAGAAAGAAAGAAAGAAAGAAAGAAAGAAAGAAAUUAUCAUUUGAGUGAAAUCAACAGCCCUUUUCAUCCUUCAGAGGCAACAAAGAGGUGGCCCCAAUAGGGAAGGCUCAUUCGCAUCUAGACCUAGAUUUGGGUGACUUGGGUGACUCGGGCCUCAAUUUCCUUAUGUGUAAAAAAGAGGAAUUUGGGCUGCACUAAAUGAGUUCUUUGGUUCUUUCAACGUUUACCAUUCUGGGAGUCUGUAUUGCAGAGAAUGGAAAUUAGCCCUAAAUCAAAGCCAUAUAGCUCCUGGAGAGAAAUGUGUCACAUUUCCAUGACUUGUCUCCAAGAGAUUGUCCCUAACCUUGGCAGGGUUGAAUGCCAAGACAAGGAUUGCCACUGUCCGGUUCUUGCCAUUCUGUGCUGAGAUCAGAAUCGUAAAGAUGGCAAAGACUGACCUCAGCCCACCUCUGAGGAGUCUGAUGGCUGACUGUCCGCCAUCUUUGUAACCCACAUUCUGUUUGCAGCAAUGAAAAGAUCGGUGUUAUGUAGUUUCGAAAAGUAUCUUAAUGAGCAAUAUUUUGUUUUCUGUAAAUUCGGGAUGUUUUUCAUUCUGACCUGUCAGCGACGCUACUGAAAAAGUUUGAUCAAUAUAAAAACAUUCAAGCUAUGCAA